AUGCAUACAAACCCUUUUCAUGGCUAUCUUUCCGUUUUCACAACGCAAAGUUUUACAACUCUUAAAAACCCUCUCUCCAAAUUCAUUUGCCUAUUCUCAACCUCACUCUUACCUUCAAAUCUUGCAUACUUAUUCUCCGAACAAUCCACCGCCACCGCUUCCGCCGAAGAACCCAACAAUGUUGAAAAUGAUAUUCACCUUCAAAAUGACAAACCAGACAAAAGCAAUAAAGCCCGAACAAUGGCACGGCUCAUCAAUACAAAGCCCUGGUCAGCACAACUCGAAUCCUCCCUUUCCACUCACACUCCCCUCUCCGAGACCAGCGUCCUUCAAACCCUCCGCCUCAUCAAGGCCCCUGCCAACGCCAUCCACUUCUUCAACUGGACGCAAAACACGGGUUUCACCCACAGCGAGCACUCCUACUUCCUCAUGCUCGAAAUUUUUGGUCGGGCCCGAAACUUCAAUUCCGCUCGUAAAUUCCUCCUCUCUAUUCCAGCGAAGUCCAACAAUGCUAUACCACUAACUGACAAGUUUUUCUAUAGCUUGAUUAGGAGCUAUGGUAAUGCCAGGCUUUUCAGGGAAUCGAUUAAGGUAUUUAAAACCAUGAAAUCAAUGGGUAUUUCGCCUUCUACGACUACAUUUAAUUAUUUGUUUUUAAUUUUGCUCAAAAGGGGUUGGCCGGGAAAGGUUUUUGAGUUGUAUGAUGAAAUGCUUAAGACUUAUGGUGCAAAGCCCAAUUUAUACACGUUUAAUAUUUUGAUAAGAGGAUUUUUUAUGAACUCGAGGAUGGAUGAUGCAUUUAGAUUCUUUAAAGAAAUGGAGUUGUUUAAUUGCAAACCGAAUUUGAUAAGCUAUACCACGAUUGUUGAAGGGUUGUGUAGAGCAGGGAAAGUGAAAAUAGCGCACGAUGUGGUAAAGGAUAUGCAUCUAAAGGGCGAGAAUUUGAAGCCGAAUGUUAUUACUUAUACGAUUUUGGUUAGAGGGUAUUGUUUCUUGGCUCUCAAACUGUGUUACAAUCUUGUAUUGAGGGAGAUGGUUGAUUGCGGGAUUAAGCCAAAUGACAUCACUUAUAAUAUAAUUAUACAUGGGCUGUGUGAGGCCCAAAUGUUCGAUAAGAUAAAAUAUUUUUCAGAUCGUGGAGAGCGUGGAGGAUUUGUGCACGAUACAUGCACUUUUAACAUGGUGAUGAAUUCUCAUUGCAAAGUGGGUGACGUGAGUAAGGCAUUUAAAGUUUUUGAGAAAAUGAAGGAGCUGAAGGUCCAACAAGAUUCGGUCUCGUACAGUGUGCUGAUCCGGGGUUUGUGCGAGAAGCUGGAUUUUGGGAUGGCAGAAGAGUUGCUUGAUGAGUUAUUGGUGAAGGAGAUUUUGCUGUGUGAUGAUGGGGUCACUACCGUUGUUGCAGCGUAUAAUCCCAUUCUUGAAUAUCUUUGUAGAAAUGGGAAAACGAAGAAAGCUGAACUAGUUUUCAGGCAGCUAAUGAGAAGAGGAAAACCGAAUCCUAUGGCUUAUAAAACUUUGAUCUUGGGGCAUUGCAAGGAAGGAACCUGUGUAGCUGGGCACAUGCUCUUGGUCUUCAUGCUGAGAAGAGAUUUUUUUCCUUUAUCUUGA